AUGGCGGACCGACACCCAUCAGGAUCGUCUUCGCGACGAACGCGAACAGGCGACAGCUCGAUCGGCCAGUUCAUCAUCGGCUCCGAGAUAGGCAAAGGCAGUUUUGCCCAGGUUUACAUGGGCAAGCAUCAGACCUCGGGCGCUGCUGUAGCUAUCAAGUCUGUCGAACUCGGCCGUCUAAAUAAGAAGCUCAAGGACAACCUGUAUAGCGAAAUCAACAUCUUGAAGAAGCUUCGCCACCCCCAUAUUGUCGCCCUUCAUGACUGUCUCGAGUCGUCGACGCAUAUCAACCUCAUCAUGGAAUACUGUGAACUCGGCGACUUGUCCUUGUUCAUCAAGAAGAGGGAGAAGCUUGUUACCCAUCCCGCAACUUGUGACAUGGCCCGCAAGUAUCCCAGUGUUCCGAACGCUGGUUUGAACGAGGUUGUUACCCGCCAUUUCUUGAAACAGCUUGCUUCCGCGUUACAGUUCUUGCGUCAAGGCAAUUUUGUACAUCGUGAUGUCAAGCCUCAAAACCUUCUCCUACUUCCCUCGGCGCACUAUAGGGAAACCAAUGGCGAAACGAGACCUAUACUUAGUGCCAGUCGUGACUCGUUGAUACCGGCGGCCGGUCUAGAGUCUUUACCGAUGUUGAAACUGGCAGACUUCGGCUUCGCUCGAGUCUUGCCCUCUACAUCUUUAGCAGAGACGCUCUGUGGAUCGCCACUCUAUAUGGCGCCAGAAAUUCUACGUUAUGAGCGCUAUGAUGCGAAGGCCGACCUGUGGUCUGUUGGAACCGUUCUUUACGAGAUGGUCUCUGGUAGACCACCGUUCCGUGCAAGCAACCACGUUGAGCUUUUGAGAAAGAUUGAGAAUGCUGAAGAUCAAAUCAGAUUUUCGCGGGACUGCCAGGUCAGCCCCGAAAUGAAGAGUUUGAUCCGUGGCUUGUUAAAACGAAACUCGGUAGAAAGAUUGAGCUUUGAGAAUUUCUUCAACCAUCCUGCCGUCACUGUUGAGAUUCCUGGCACAGUUGAGGACGACGUUCCAAAGAUCCAAAGGUCGCCUUCAAAAAAGGAGACCCGUACACUGACCAAAACCGAUGAGCUGAGAACAGCACCGCGUCGCAUGUCCUUCCGUCGCCAAUAUAUGACCGAUCAAGAGGCUGGGCGGGAGGAGGUUGGGCCGUCCCCACCGCGUGAAAGACCACUGAGAUCCUCACCUCUGGCAAGUCCUGCCGAGUUUCCUGAUGAUCGGCCGGUGCAGCCAGCAUCCCGCGUUGCCCGCUCUCCACGUGAGGAAAUUGCCCCAGCUCUUGGUCUUCGACGACCACAACCUGUUCCUUCAACAUCCGCACCUGUGCAGCCCACACUCCUCAGCGAGAGGCGUCGGCGUGGUUUGUCCAACGCUUCAAUUAACAAAUACACCCGAGAGGAGCCUUCAUCUUCAGCACCCAGAGACUAUGCCAUUAAAGGCAAGGGAAAGAACGCCGAAGGAGGAGAGGAUGUUGCGCAAGACAUUGCCUUCAUGAGGGACUAUGUCGUUGUGGAGAAGAGACAUGUAGAAGUCAACGCAUUUGCCGAUCAACUGGCUGCACAAGGUACACAGGCUCAGACAAUGUCUCCCAAGGCUGCCCAAAUUGUUCGCAGGGCGACUCAGCAAGGCAUUCCCACAUCUACCACAGGAGCUAUACCUGCCGAGCGGUCUAAGGCACUUCAGAUUGCGCAGGGUAACAGACCGGAUCAUUACAGAGGCGGUUCUUACGACAAGGCCUUAUCUGGGAGUCCAAAGUCGACAACCUCAGUCAUUUCAAAAGCCAUUCAGGAUGCGAGUCUGAGAUUGCUAGGCUUCAGAUACCCGGCACAUCUACUUGGUAAGGGAGCGUCGCCUCCACAACUCUACAACCCCUUUCCUGCAUACCCUGCACCCAACGCACCUGCUGGCCUUCUAACAGACGGCCGGCAAAGCGGGAUGAUUGACGAGGAUGCAAGAGUUGCGCAGUGCAUCGAGGAUAACGCUACACGUAGUGACGUGGUUUGGGGCUUCGCAGAAGUCAAAUACAAGCAACUCAUUCCUCUGACACCGUCACAAGAUCACGGUCUUGGGGGAACACCUGUUGAUCAACUCGCUCCCGAGGACGAGGAUGGCCUGACCGUGGAGGCCGUUGUAGUGCUGUCUGAAGAAGCUCUAGUGCUUUAUGUAAAGGCAUUAUCACUUCUGGCAAAGUCUAUGGAUAUUGCAAGUGUUUGGUGGGGACGAAAAGCUAGAGCUGAUUCUAUCCCCACACGCGACACUUUGGCAACGCAAAACGUUGUCAAUAGGAUCAAUUCGGCCGUCCAAUGGGUGCGAAAGCGCUUUAACGAAACUUUGGAGAAGGCUGAGAUUGUAAGGUUGAAGCUGAUUGAGGCGCAGAAGCAACUUCCUGAGGACCACCCGAGUCACCCGAGCAAUAACCAGCACGAGACAGCCGCCACAAGCACUUCAGGUGCUGAUGGUAUCAUACUCACAGCUGGCUUGAGUGCAGAGAAACUUAUGUAUGAGCGGGCACUGGAGAUGAGUAGAGCCGCUGCAAUCAACGAGAUCGCCAAUGAGGAUCUGGCUGGAUGCGAGCUUUCAUAUGUCACUGCAAUCCGAAUGCUCGAAGCGGUAUUGGACAACGAUGAAGAUCUGUCUUCGAAGAGGAGGAUUUCCAGCAGUGCCAAAGAGGAUCGUGACACGAUUCGUGAAGAAGUAUCUGAAAUCAAUCAGGACGACCAGCAGGCUGUGCACAAGAUGAUCCAAAUGGUAACCAGUCGUCUCACAAGUCUUCGUAAGAAGAUGCAGAUGAUUGCCAACGCCUCGAAGGCACAACAGAGCCUUGCGAGGAAGCGCAGCGGCGACGUGACACCUCGUAGUACGCCUAAACACUCAUUAUCAUGA